AUAUAACGUGUGCUGAGCAGAGGUGGUGAGAGUUUUUUGAAGAUCUGUUCUUGCCUAAGCAAGAACUCUUUAGCGAAGACUGUGGACAGACCUAAAGGAAAUCUCACACACAAUGGCAACUGUGGGGAAGGUCCUGUUAAAGAAUUCUGAGGAGGAGAACAAGAAAGAACCAAAUCUGAGAUGUACUGACAGUAUGGUAACAAAAUAAGACUACCGUAUGAAUCCACAUAGGUUCAUAUUAUAGGCUUGAAAUAUUUGCAGUGUACCUGACUCUAAACAGAUGAAGUGAUUUAAUUUAAGACAUCUGGCAAUAUACAAGUAUGCAUGUUUUCAAGCAUACAUGACAUUCUUCAUCGAACAAAAUGUGGCAAUACCUACUUGGAGCAGCUUUGUUGAAUGUGCUGAGAUGAACAAAGUGUGAUGGGAGUGAUUAAAUGCAAGGCGGCAAUAAUCUGGGAAGCUGGGAAAGCACCUUCCAUUGAGGAGGUGGAGGUGGCACCACCAAGAAGCCAUGAAGUUCGAGUGAAGAUAGUGGCCACUGGGAUCUGCCGGACUGAUGACCAUGUAGUGAAAGGCUUUUUUCCUGAUAUAAACUACCCAGUCAUUGCAGGCCAUGAAGGAGCUGGAAUUGUUGAAAGUGUUGGGCCAGGAGUCACUUGUGUAAAGCCAGGUGACAAAGUCAUUCCUCUGUGUAUCCCCCAAUGUGGGGAAUGCGACUGCUGUUCCAGUCCUAAAGCUAACUGUUGCAUCAAGUCCCAUCUCUACAAACCUCUUCAAAACUUGAUGCCAGACAAAACCAGCAGGUUCACCUGUAGAGGAAAACAGAUUCACCAUUUUCUGUGGAUAAGCACCUUCUCUGAAUACACGGUUGUGCCUGAUGUUUCCAUUGCAAAAAUCAGUAAUGAUGCUCCUCUGGACAAAGUCUGCCUCUUUGGCUGUGGGUUUUCUACUGGUUAUGGCGCAGCUAUCAAUAAUGCUAAGGUGGAGCCUGGUUCCUCUUGUGCCAUCUUUGGCUUGGGUGGUGUUGGUCUGUCUGUCAUCAUUGGCUGCAAAGCAGCUGGUGCAUCCAGGAUCAUUGGGAUUGACAUUAACAAAGAGAAAUUUGCAAAGGCCAGAGAGCUAGGAGCCACAGAGUGCAUCUCUCCUGAAGAUUUCAAAAAGCCCAUUAAUGAGGUGUUGGUGGAGAUGACUGGAUUUGGCGUGGACUAUGCUUUUGAAGUGGUUGGACGUGUUGACAUUGAGGCUAUUGCCCUUGCAUCCUGCCACUUGGGUCACGGAGUCUGUGUGCUGGUUGGAGCACCUCCUGCAGGAUCCCAGCUCUCUAUCAGUCCUUUACAGCUCCUGACCGGGAAGAAAUUGAUUGGAUGUUUGAUUGGAGGUUGGAAGUUGAAAGAUGCUCUCCCUAAACUGGUUUCGGAUUAUAUAGAAAAGAAAUUUAAUACAGAUGCAUUAAUAACUCAUGUGUUGCCUUUUGAGAAAAUAGGUGAAGGCUUUGAGCUUCUAUACAGUGGUAAAAGCAUUCGCUGUGUCUUGUUGUUUUAAGAGAAUCUUCCUAUUUUACAAAUCUUUUACAUACUGGACCAAAUUCAAUAGAAUUUCUGCAGACACUCAACUGAAACUGUUACAGUUUACAACUAAUGAGCAGGCAAGUGAAUGAAGAGAAAACAUUUAAGUCUAUAUAUAAAUGGGAAGACUUUACAUUAUAUGAUUACAGCUGUAAGAAUUGUUUAGGCACAAAGGUGGAAAGAAAUAACAACUCCAACAAAGGUAGAUUGGCUGACGAAGACCAUUGAACUUGCUGAGAUGGAUAAACUCAAUUUUAAUCAAAGAAAAAUCCUUAGCUUUAAGAAAGAUUGGGAACAGUUUGUUUCUUUAAUGCAUUUUUAUCAGGGGCAGGUAUCAGUUUUAGGUUUUAUUAAGUGAACCAGGUGGAAUUGUUUUGAAGAAGUAAAACACAUUAUUAUGGUUUAAAGGAAGUACGGAGAAAUAGAGGAAAAUAAUUAUCACUUAGUAAAAGGCAAGUUACGAGUAUGUUAGUUAUAUGUAGUGUAUGUUUACUGUUUAGUUACAUAUGUUAAUUUGAAAGUGGUGUGUUUUGUAGUUUGUGUAUUGAUGUGGAGGAGGAGAAAAGUUUGUUUUUAUUUGUUUGUUUUAAUAA